AUGGGCCUCUUCAGCAAGAAGGAAGAGCCAAUGCCCGCUCACCAGAGCCCCCCUACUGCGUACAACGACGCGCCUCACGGUCACCACAACACCAGGCACUCAAGCGACACCAAACGCAAGGGCGGACUACUCUCCAGAAACCGUCGCUCCAGCUCUCUCUCCUCGUCCGACGAGGAACGCCGCAGAGGAAACAUGGGUAACCGUCGCCACAGCCCCACCACGGAUCAGCACAACCGCUCCAGUGGUGGCAUGGGCGGCCUCUUUAACCGCAACCGCGAGCCCGAGGACCCCAGCAUCGUCGGCGCGCGUGAGCGUGUGCAAAUGGCCGAGCAGGCCGAGCGUGAGGCCGAGCGCGCUCUCACCCACGCCCGCACAUCCGUUCAGGAUGCGCGUCAGCAUGUCCGCAAUCUGGAGUUGGAGGCGCAGGAAGACGCGCGCCGUGCGAAGCUCAAGCAGGCCAGUGCCAAGGAGAUUGGAAAGAUGAGCAACAAUCUCGGCCGGAAGUUCUAG